CAUCAGCAGUUCACUCAAGACAUGGGACCGUGGAGUCACCGAGGAGGGGCAACUCUUCUCAGGGACUCGACUCAACAACUCGUAGCCGCAGAGAUACGUUUCUUUUAACCUGACGUUACUUUUUUUUUACACCUGCUUUUAUUUUCAUGUUUUAAUGAAAAGGACCGGAAGAGACCGAACACGUUCAAUGACAUCCGUGUGUUUUUGAUACCUGAGGCAAAGUGCCACACCUUCGCUCCGUACAGCGUAACGACACGUCUGGCCAAAUGGGGUGCCAAUGCUGCCGGAUGGUAAAAAGCUACAUCUACGACCCGUCUGUKGCGGUGGACGUACGCAAAACCGACUCGACGAGCAGCUCCCUCUACCAGCCCAACCACCGCGCCGGCGGGGCCCCCGGCCGAAACCCGAAUGGCGGCGGCAGCAACAAGCAGAAGCACGGCAUCCACAACCUGGGCUACAGCGACAGCACGCUCAAACUGGAGUUCGACAACAACCAGGUGAACCACAGGCUGCACGCCGUUCCGCCUCUGGCCAAGGAGCUGCAGCAGCAGGCCAGCGGCCCGCCUCCGGAGGCGGGGCUCUACAUCAUCCAGCCGGAAGCCGUCGGGCCGCGAUGGCUCGACAUCAGUCCCAGUCAGCUUCCCGUUUACCCCAACUUAGAGGAGCUCGGUAAUCAGAGGAGCUACGACGAGCAGGAGCCCGGGGCUCCGAGGCCCGGGUGGAACAAGACCGAGGGGCUGUCGGGGGACGAAAUAGACGAGGGGGUGGGAGGGACGCCCGAGUACCCGUGCGACACUGGGGACGAGGGGAGCGUCCUGUCCGUGGACAUCCACACCAGCACCACCAGCUUGUCCUCGGGGGGCACGAGGGACGGACUCACGCCCAACAAGACGCCGGACACCUCCACCGAGGAGAGCGGGAUCUCCGUGACGAAGAGCGAGGCGGACGCGGCGGUCCGGAACAACCAGGAGGAGGUGCAGAGCGUCACGGACUCCAUGGUGGCGGAGGCGCUCGCCGCUUUGGAGGCCGCCACCGCCGGAGAGGAUUCAGACUGACGGGAAAACCGGAUMAGACCAGAACUUUAAAGCUACUUCCAGGACUGCCAUGAAACUUUGCCAAAGUUUUGAACAAUGUUUUUUUUCUCUAUGAUCCUAAAUGAAACAAAGGAAAGCUCUGUUUACGGUAAGGAGCGGAUUUAUAUCUAAACUUAUGAACAUUUUUUUGUACUGUGACGGACCACCGGCCUCGUGAAAGCUUCUUUUCUGAAGCUGUGAUGUUCGGAUGGAGCUGCAGCUGAACAGACUGAAUUCUGAUGUAUCUCAGUGUAUUUAACACUUCGCAGGACUGAAUAAUCCUGAAUGUGCUGAGUUAUUGUUUUGCCAAGCACAUAAUGACUUUUCAUUAAUCCAAGACAAGUUUUAUAAGGAAAGUCAAUAUUUCCAUAGUGAAGACUGCUUCUCAUGGUUUAAAGGUUCUCUCCAUUUCACCAAGUCAAUAAAACAGAAAAUAUCCUCAAGUUAUAUUUUACACUCUGCAAAGUUUUGUGAUUUCUUGUUAUUUAUAAGAGUUUUCAAUUGAUUUAGAUUGUUUUUAAAGACCACAAAAGAGCAAACAUGCAGUUUCUAUUCACUGAUUUUAGAAUAAAGCAAUAAAUGUGCAAUCGAUCUGCACAGAUAGAAGGAAAAAAUAUAAUGGACUUGAUUUUACACCAACAAUUUCUAUGCACAUAAUGACUGUUUUUGUUUAUUUUUGGUGAAAUAUUUGUGCUUUUUACUGACGCUUACCUUCGUUUUCGAGCAGCAGAAGUUUUAACAAGCCAAGUAAAGGUAACUGCACAGGAAACCACUCUGGGGCCAUCAGWUCAUCCCGCUAUUUCUGCUUAUUUUUUGCUAUAUUUUAUAGGUCAAAGUUUAGUUUGUAGUUGGGGCCUGUGAUGUACGUUUAACUCAUGUGCCUAAUAAUGAACUAAUUGAGGGUGACGACUGAAAAAAAAUCCGAGGAGUAAUUCUCAUGAAAUGGUUUCCUUAAUGAAAUUCUGAAAUGUUUCGUUGAGAAAUUCAUUUUUGAUGUUAAAGAAAACAAAUUCCUGCCAAUCAUUUGUAGUUUAUGUAUUUGUGCUAUAAAAAAAUCAAAGUACAAUAAGUUGUAAACAAUAAAUGUGUGUGACUAUUCUUA